AUGUUUGGACGAGACUGUAACCAGAUCUGUCACUAUGCCUACUCUGACUGUGACAGGAGUGGGACAUGUACCAUACAUGGAUGUACGGAAGGUUGGGUGGGAAAGUGUGUGAACCAUACCUUCGGACGAGACUGUAACCAGACCUGUCAUUUUGUUAACUUUGACUGUGACAGGAGGAGUGGGAUAAGUUAUAUAACUGGAUGGUGUGUAAACAACACAUAUGGAAGAGACUGUAAACAGACCUGUCAUUGUGAAAACUCUGACUGUGAUGUGAGGAGUGGGAUAUGUAAAAUACCUGGAUGUACGGAAGGUUGGGUGGGAAGUAAUUGCAGUCAAGGGUGUGUAAACAACACAUAUGGAAGAGACUGUAAACAGACCUGUCAUUGUGAAAACUCUGACUGUGAUGUGAGGAGUGGGAUAUGUAAAAUACCUGGAUGUACGGAAGGUUGGGUGGGAAGUAAUUGCAGUCAAGGGUGUGUAAACAACACAUAUGGAAGAGACUGUAAACAGACCUGUCAUUGUGAAAACUCUGACUGUGAUGUGAGGAGUGGGAUAUGUAAAAUACCUGGAUGUACGGAAGAGAACGCCACAUCUAACAACAAACGAGUGGAAAAUGGACUUGGAGAUAACGGUAUAAAUAUAACUGGUUACGCACUUCUUGGCACUUUUCUGGCAAUUUCAAUUUGCUGUAAUAUUGGAUUAGUUGUUGUUUGUCUCAGGCAAUCAAAGAAGAUUAAAACACCUUCGAUCCCGUCGACAGUAUUUGAGAUGCAGACGAAUG